AUGGGUGACGUUCAAAGACAGGACUUGACGAUUUUCAACGAUCAAUCAGCUUUAAGUAGAGAGCUCUUCAACGGAAACGCUCAUAACGUGAUAUUAUUGACAUCCACAUCCUCCACUCAACCAUUUUGGCUGAUAAAUGCAUUAAUUGAAACAGCAGUCUAUGGAUCACCAUAUUCGGUGAAUUUAUCGUCCCCUCCAUCCAGCUCUCAAUUACAACAAAUCAACACAACUGCAUCUUUGACGAUCGGUUCAUUUGUUCACGAAUCUCAAUUUUAUGUCAAUGCAUUCCAAAAAUUAAAGAUUAAUGCCAACUCAUACAAAAUCUUAGAUUUCUUGACUGAUUUCCUAAUGAAUCACAUCAUUAAUAAACCCAAAUUGAAAAUUUUCCAGUCAUUAUUAGAAUUAUUCCCCAAUGAUUCAACCUCUACUAUAAUCUUGGAACAACCUGAACUAUUAUUUUCAUUAGUAGAUGGGUUAACCAGUGAUGAACUUAAUGAAUUAUUCAUUAAACCCUUGGCAAAGAGAUGCGGAUUGCUAAUAAUAACUACCUCAGUGGACCUGUAUCAGAAGGAUUAUUCUAUGACUAAGGACGUCACAGAAUUCAUGAGAUUUAUAAAUUCAUGUUUCCAUAUUAGUAUAGCUGUCCUAAGUUUACAACCUUUGGAAACAGGGAGAGCCAAAGAUAUUACUGGGUCAUUGAAGAUUACAAGAGGUGGUGCCACAUCGAAUCAUUUAUCAACACAUGUGGUGGAAAAUGAAUAUCUAUAUUUGAAUGAAAAGGAUUCAACUAAACUUUUCUAUUGA